CACGAGGACAACUUUUGCCCAGAUACAACCUGUUGACUAUAAGCGAAACCCUCGCCAACUCCUCCAGUCUUCCACCUCUCAUGUAGUAUCCCUAUCACACUGCAGGACAGACGCUAACAGGUGCAAGGUUUGACAUUUUCAUUGAAGCGUGGCUCAAGAGUAAAGAAACGCAACUUUUGAAGCUGAACUUUUUAAAAAAUUAAGUAGCACAUUAGCUCAUAAAUAUGAGUUGUAAAGGGGAAAGGGUGAUAAAAGUAGAGGUGGUGGUGCUCAAGCUUGCUAUUUUGUUCCAGUUUUGUUUUCCUCACCAGUUCACUGCCGCCUGCUUAAAUGCAAUAAAGGGAUAUUUUUAUUUUUAUCUCUUAUAAGUUGUGUACAACUCAAGAUCAAACUGUACCCACUUUCGGCAUUCUUGACAGACUUAUAGACACUCAUGACAUUGGAUAUAGGCCACCAGCACAAAUUAUAUUUAGACCUGGCACGAAAAAUAAAGCAGAGACAUUGCAUAAGCUGCAUUUUUUUGACAGUAAAAAGUAGUCAUAGGCUGCAACAGAUUAACCCUGAUUAACCCAUAAUAUUGAAAAUGCCAGGGUUCACUCUGUGCGGACAGAUGACAAAUUAACCUCCUUGCAUGUUGCAAAUGCUUCAGAUGAAACACUGGAGGACUAGUUUUCUAUUUCAAGAUUACGCUGAGCAAGAAAACCCGAGUCGAGCACGCUUGCUUAGAAUGUGAUCAACAGAGCGGCGCUGAGUUGUGGUGAGAGGCUACGGCGAAUUCAUCAAGAUAUUACAACAAUGGAUACUUUGACAGAAGAUUUUGCACCAUCAGAUGUUGAUACUGAGAUGACGGUGUUGACACCUGAAGAUAUCACAGAUCAAAACCCUGACGCCAGUGAUGAUGUGGAGAAUCUUCGAAACAGUUUACGUGAGGCUGUCCACGAUGAGAAUGUCCGGCCUAAGAUGCAGUGCCUGAUGAUGGACUCUUCCUUCUCCAUGGUUACUAUGCAAGGUGAGGACAGCGGGAUCGCUUGGGAGACGACCCCUAGUCGCUGUUCCACGCCGUGGGCGUCUGAAGCCGGAAACUUCACAAUGGACUUCAGCUCUCUGGUUGCAGUACGGCCUGCGACACCUGGAUCCCAACCAGCAGGAAAGAUUAUCUUUGUCAUGGAUGAGGAGCUGAUGUCAAGGCGGAAGAAAACCAAAGAGAGGGUAGGUGGUCAUAGGAGCAAAGCAGACAGACAAGUCCUUGCUGAAAGCUCUGACAACAUCUCAGGAAGGCCGGAAUUAAUCGGAUUCUCUCAGCCAAAUGUGAAAACUGAAGAAGAGGAAGACGAAGAAGAACCAACUGACCCUCUGGAAGAUAAAGAGCAACGGUUAUUCAGCUUAGUGUCUGAAGGCUCUGAAAUCCUCAACAUUAUUGUUCCUCCAAAACUGGUUACUGUGGAUGAAGAGGAGAGCAAAGAAAUGGUGGACAACCUGUCUUAUCUGGAGGAGAGCCUUCUUCCUAAAGCCAGCGAAGAGACCCAAGACAGUGUGUUCGACCUGAACUAUGAGAUGGUGAUCUCACCACACACUCCAACAGAAUCAAGUGCAGUAAGAUACGACCAGCCUUCACCUGCCAUGGGUCCCUAUGUAAUGGAUCCACCAGGAGCCCCAGUGGCCAGACCUCCGGAGAGAAGAGCUGCUGGCAAUGUGGACUACUUUGAGCCGUUCACGCUGAUUGGUGCCCAGGCUCCAGGAAGUCCUGCUGUGAUCGCACAGGAACAGGUGGAAUUAGAGGCAGAGGACACCACUGAGAGCCAGGACAAGCAACCAGAGCAGUCUAGAGACCACCCCACCAUAACAAACUUAAUGAAGGAUAAUGAAAAGUCGGACACCAUCAGUCUGGGGGAAAUCACCAGCGAGCUUCUAGAUGAAGUCUUCUACGGAGGUACAGACAACGACGAUAUGAAACCAGACAAAGAGGACGGAGGUGGAGGGGCUAAAGGCGUGCCCUCUAGGCUCCCUUCAAAACCAAGUGGUUCGACUUUGUUUGGAAGCCAAGAGGACAUCCUGACUCCAAUCUUCCUACCUGAGGGACCGCCCAAAAUUAUCGACCCCAUUUUGCUGGAGGAACCCAAAGCCAUGGCCUUUCUUUACACGGACCUGUAUGAGGAAGCACUCGGCAGUCGGCAAAAAGAGGAGGAUACAGAAAGUAUGACCUCUGAGAAGUCCUUCCACAGCAGGCAUUCGGACCGGGAGGCCAGGGGGUACCUGGAGAAAUAUGUCCUUAUAGAUGAGACUCCUGUAGUGGAAGCAGAACCAACUGAUAAAGAAAAAUGCCAAGAGGAAGGACCUCGGAUAUUGUACGAAGAUUUGCAUGAUUUUGGCAAUUUUAUUUCCAAGCCAGACGAAAGUGACAUGCCAAACUUAGAGGAGGAAGUCACAGACUUCUUCAGAUCCAGCGCCAAUUCUUCUCCAUGUGAUGUGGAACCUUUCCCUCGAUCACUAGAAGAAGAUGAAACAGAAUCAACAACAAAGAGUACAGCAAAGGUAAACAAAAGUGUCUCCAUAAUGGUAGAAGAAGUCGCUCAAACCCCAGAAGAUCCACUUAACGACUCAUUCUUUGCCUCAGAGGAACUUGACUGGGGAGAUACAUAUGACUAUCCUGAAGAAGCCCUGGAGGAGACAGAUGUGUUUACAGAUGAGGAAUUGUGGGAAGAAGACUUGGAAGUGCAAAAGCCAGUUGCUCCUCCUAGAAGAAAAGCAACAUCCUCUCCUAAGGCAUGUUUGGACUUAACACCUUUGACUCCAGUUGAUUUAAUUAGGCAGGAAAAGGAAGAGGCUUGUGGAAAAGAACAGAGGGAGGAAGAGAAAGAGACGGCAUCACCUGCAGAGACUGCUGAUGAGGGAGAUGAAGAUGGAGAAGAGGCGAUACCGGCUGAUGCUUCUCCAUCCGAGAAUGCAUUGACUGAACCCCCACAAACUGAAAAUGUAAAAGAUAGCAAAGAAAUAUCCGCCUUGGACACAAAACCAGCUUUAGCUGAGGAGAAAGACACUAAAUCUGUAGAAGAAGACAAAAGAAGUAAGACUGAAGCUGCUACAAAACAAACUGAACCAGUAAAAGUAGUUAUUAAGUCAUCAGAAUCAGCUAAAGCAGAAGUUAAACCUGAGAAACAAAGAGAUAGUUCAACUGCCGUACCAACUAAACCAGAUAAAGGACAGUGUGUAAUACUUUAGUGUGACUACAAGUAUUUUUCAAUAAGUUUUUUGACUGAGAGACAUUGAGAAAUUUUCAAAUGUGCUUUUAAUAUAAGUAAUAGGGGCCAAAAUCCACAUUAUGUCCACACAGUCAUGUUGUGCAAAAAUGCAUUUAAAAGUUAAUCUGAGGAGUUUAUAUGAGGUUUUGGCAGUCUGAGUUAGCCAUAUCAAGUGCAUAUCUGUCUCAUUUACAGUCUUUUUAGCAUCAAAUUCCCUCUUUGUGUUUUCUCAGACAGUGUUUCCCUGUUGAGCUGCGGUGGA